UGUGGGGAGAGUCACGUGACAGAAGGACUAACUAACGAUGUGGGUGCCUACAGCUGCCCCGAGUGGUAGGAGGUCUGAUUGAGGAGGAAGUGGGCGCUGUAGCCUCGGUUUCCGUCGUCCCUGACUGCAGCAUGGCUCCGGCGCGGUUUUGCGUUCCUGGAGAGAGACUCUGCAGCUUAGAGGAAGGAACCCCUGGCAGUGGCACCUACACUCGUCAUGGCUCUAUAUUUGCCUCUCUGGCAGGUUGUUUCAUGAAGAAAAGUGAGAAUGGCAUGCUGCCUGUGGUCUCUGUAAUGAGGGAUGUAGAUUCUCAACUUCUACCUGAUGUUGGGGCCACAGUGACAUGCAAGGUUUGCAGCAUUAAUUCACGUUUCGCAAAAGUCCACAUCUUGUACGUCAGCUCUACACCACUGAAAUCCCCAUUCCGUGGAACAAUACGGAGAGAAGAUAUCCGAGCUACAGAGAAAGACAAGGUAGAGGUUUACAAGAGUUUCCGCCCAGGAGACAUCGUUCUGGCCAAAGUUAUCUCAUUGGGGGAUGCACAAUCCAACUACUUGCUGACAACAGCAGAAAAUGAGCUAGGUGUAGUGGUGGCUCAUAGUGAAGCCGGAGUACAGAUGGUGCCCAUCAGCUGGUGUGAAAUGCAGUGUCCUAGUACACAUGCCAAGGAACUGCGCAAGGUAGCCCGGGUGCAGCCUCAGUUUCUGCAGACCUAAAUAGUACCUACCCCAAGAUGUACAACAGGUGUUGGGAAAACUUAACUCAGGGUAGAGAGAGAUGAGGGACACUGGAAAGGAAACUGUCCUCUGAGCUACUGCUGAGUGUACAAGACAGCAAUGAAACUCCCAUGUACACUUUUGCCUCUGGAAUGACCUGGGAGAAAAAGAACCUUAACUACUCUUGUUCACUUCAUUUUAUGUCCUAAUUGUCACUGUUUUAUAAGCCAAUAAACUGUU